UCUGCGGAGAACCUGCAUUGGAGCAUCUCGAACUGUUGCAGCGCUUUAGCGCUCUUUCCUAACUGGGGGGAGAAUCAGGGAUACAGACCUUUUCUUGGCCAACGUCGAACCCUGCCCUCUUUCGAGUUGCCAACAGCUGGAGAGAUCCCAAGGGGGAAGGCAAGCCUCCAAGCCAAGCCCCUCCCGGGCAUGCACUUGCAACCUUCCUUUUGCAGAUGAGGAGGGCUUGAGUGCGCUUCUCUCUGGUGCGCUAUUGCGGAAACCUUUUCUUAGGGGGCUGAUUUUUAAACUGUGGGGUUUUUUUGGCUUAGAGAAAAGCGCCCUUUCCAGCAUCAUGCAUCGCUUCUCCGGGCUCGCCAAGGAAGCCUCGGCCCUCCAGGAAAGGAAAGAGCCGGCCGUUCGCUUCCUGGCUUCGCUGGUGACCGCGACCCGGCAGCAGCAGCAGCGACCCAGCCGGCCCCAUCGCCGCCCGCCGCUGGGUGCCGCGGGGCCGGUGCGCUGGAACAGCGCCGCGAAGGCCUCGGCCGUGAAGCUCCAGGAGAAGCCGCCGCGGGAGAAGAUCCUCACGCUGGAGUCCAUGAACCCGCAGGUGAAGGCGGUGGAGUACGCCGUGCGGGGCCCCAUCGUGCUGAAAGCCGGCGAGAUCGAGAAGGAGCUGCGGAAGGGAAUCAAAAAGCCCUUCACAGAGGUCAUCAAAGCCAACAUUGGAGAUGCCCAUGCGAUGGGACAGCGGCCAAUCACCUUCCUUCGUCAGGUGGUGGCACUUUGCACAUACCCGAACCUGUUGGACAGCCCGAGUUUCCCCGAGGACUCAAAGGAAAGAGCAAGACGCAUCUUGCAAGGAUGUGGAGGGAACAGUUUAGGUUCUUACAGCGCCAGCCAAGGUGUCAACUGUAUCAGAGAAGAUGUUGCAGCUUACAUUGAACGGCGUGACGGAGGGGUCCCUGCUGAUCCCGACAACAUAUACCUGACAACGGGAGCCAGUGACGGCAUUGCGACUAUUCUAAAGAUCCUCGUCUCGGGAGGAGGGAAAUCCCGAACCGGAGUGAUGAUCCCUAUCCCCCAAUAUCCCUUGUAUUCCGCUGCCAUUUCGGAGUUGGAUGCUGUUCAGGUGAACUAUUACCUUGACGAAGAGAACUGUUGGGCCCUCAAUGUGAAUGAACUCCGUCGUUCUUUGGAAGAGGCCAAAGUGUAUUGCAAUCCAAAAGUCUUGUGCAUCAUCAAUCCAGGAAAUCCCACAGGUCAGGUUCAAAGCAGGAAGUGCAUCGAAGAUGUGAUACACUUUGCCUGGGAAGAGAAGCUGUUUCUUUUAGCUGACGAGGUCUAUCAGGAUAACGUUUACUCGGAGAGUUGUCAGUUCAGUUCUUUUAAAAAGGUUCUUUACGAGAUGGGACCAGAUUACUACAAUAACGUGGAACUAGCUUCCUUUCAUUCCACCUCCAAGGGAUACAUGGGAGAAUGUGGUUACAGAGGAGGGUACAUGGAGGUGAUUAACUUGCACCCGGAGAUCAAAGGGCAACUGGUUAAGCUGCUAUCAGUCCGUUUGUGCCCACCUGUCUCGGGGCAAGCAGCCAUGGACAUUGUAGUGAAUCCGCCGGUACCUGGGGAGGAAUCUUACGCACAGUUCAUCAAGGAAAAGGAAUCUGUCUUGAACAACCUAGCAAUGAAAGCCAAACUCACAGAAGAUCUGUUUAAUCAAGUGCCGGGCAUCCACUGCAACCCACUCCAGGGAGCCAUGUACGCUUUCCCACGGAUCUUUAUCCCUUCCAAAGCCAUCGAGACUGCAAAGAUUCACAAAAUGGCUCCCGACAUGUUCUACUGUAUGAAACUUCUGGAAGAAACGGGGAUCUGCGUUGUUCCUGGCAGUGGGUUCGGCCAAAGGGAAGGAACAUACCACUUUAGGAUGACCAUUCUGCCUCCAGUCGAAAAGCUAAAGAUCCUGCUGGAGAAAGUGAAAGAUUUCCAUAUAAAGUUCCUCGAAGAAUACUCUUAAGCAAAACAAAGACUUUAUCUUUUUUUCCUCAGAGUGAACCUGGAAAAUAAAGCUGUGACGGGAGGGAAAUACGCAUCUUAUCUCCUGAAAUCCAAUCCAUAAUACAAUAGCUAUAUCCCAGCUGUGAAAUUUGAGUACAUUGUGGCAUAUAUUUACUAUGUGUUAAUGUUAUGGAGAGGGAUGGAAAUAAGAGAAGGAAAUGCAAAAAGUAAGAUUUUGUGCCUUGAUCUGAAAUUAGAGGCUUAGCUUCCCCGGUUGGACUGACUAAACAAGGUAAGGGGUAGAGACGCUAUUUAAGAAACACUGAAACUUAAAUAUAAGACAUUAGAAACAUUUGAUGAGAGGUACAACUUACUGUCAAUAAACACCUUUCUGUACUUUAAAAAAAACCUCUUACCCUCUAUACAGAAAACAACAUACUUUUCUGUUUUACUUAACUGGGCUGAAAUAUUAUUUUCAUAAUCUCGUGCAUCUCUCAUUUACUUCAGAGAGUUUUGCACAGAAGUUUGUGGUGGAUUCUGCCCCUUUGACAUCCUGUUAAGGCUCACAAUUUGAGCGCUAUAGAAUUGUUAUAUCAACUCUCCCUCCCCCCCCCAAAUUCAAGAAGUUGCCAAAAUUAUGCUCUGACUGCCUGUUGAAUUCUACCUUUUUAAUAUAGGCUAGGCUAGGAUAUCAGAUUGCCUGCAAAUAGGGCCCAAGGGUUAUGGUCAGUAGAAAAGAGGGCCAGUUUUCCAGUAUAACACUGCCUGCCUAUACAGCCUCCCUAACAGGCCUGUAAUUUUCAACCAAAACAGACCGCACACUUGGAUUUCCAGCCCAAGAUGUUACCCUAUUGUUAUCUCUUGAUGCUUCCGCCUUUGGAAUGGCUCAAGUAUUUUCGGCAGGGCAAUUCUAACCAAACUGACUAGUUAUGACCCCGAUCUGAUGAAUCGUAACUGUUCAAAAGUCAUUAAACUUCAGCCAUUAUUUCCAAUGUUUGUCCGAGAUUCAGGGUCGUUUUUGAUUUUGUGGCACGUAUUAGGUUGUGGUGGCGAGUGGGCCUUCAACAUUGCUAACCAGAGUGGCACCUAACCACCGCCACAGCCUAUUGUCAUUGUACCCAGGAGUCCCCCAUGAUAAUUCCAGUUGGAGUUAACCUUGAUGAUAUGUGGAAGUACCAUUAUUUGUUCAUUGAUUAUGUCGCACCUUGUCCAUCUUCUUGGCUUCGUAUUUGUAACUGUUCUUGGUGCCAGCCCAAGUUCCCAGAAAAGUGAAUGGUUAUACUGGAUAAAGUAGACCAGACUGUUGGUUGGAAGUUACUGUCCUUACUUAAUUGUAGACCUGCCGUGGACUUUCAAAAAGCAAACCACCAAAACUGGCGAGGGGCAUCAGUGGACACAGCCACCUGGCCUCAAACACCAACCCUCGCAACAGCAAGAUCAGACUUGGUAUCUUCACCUGUAGGGGUUGUUUAACUCUUCAGCCCCGCUUGCUUCUCAUGAGGAGAGAAGCGGUAGAAAACCAUAACCUUGAAUGGAAACACUGCUUCUUAAGUGUUAAGUGAAAGGUGGGUGGAUGUGGUUGAAACAACGUCACGCCUGGAGCAUUUCAGUAAGCAUUCUCAAAGCAAUUGCACUUUCCCCUCAAGUCUAGCUUUGCUUGAGAGGGGCUGCCAUGUCGAACGUGGAGGUACAACCAAAUCCUGUGCUCUAAAAAUGGCAGUUAGUACGUUAUUUUUAUAUUUUUCUAAGUAGGGUUUUUUUCAUUGGGAGGUGUGGGGUUGGGGUAGAAUUUCUAGUCUGAACAAGCUGGUGGGUUUUAUAUUUACCUUGUGUUUACACCCAAGAAUCCUGAAAACAAUACAAGAGUUUACAUGUUUCUAAAAUUACACUUUUGCGGGUGUUUUAAAAGGGUUCUUUUCCUUGUCUUUUAAAUAUAAGGGCAGCGAUCCUUACAAUUUACUUGUAAGUCAAGGAAUGCUGUCCUACCUUCUGUUGUGUUUUGUACACCAUCUAUUACGGUGCCUUUUUUUGGGUAUCUGGUACUGCAAAAGAGAAUGUACCAUUUUGGGGGGUCUUCUCCGCAUUUCUUUGAAAGCGGCGCGAUUGUGUCCUAGUUGAUUGACGACGUUUGUAUGCACUGUUUCUGUUUAAAUUCUGUUGUGCUUGAACUGAGGCCGUGAUCCUCAGAAACCUGUUCUGGAAUUGACCUUGAUAGACGUUCUGCAAGCGAACCCAUUUGAGGAUUGCGACAUAAGAAACUGGGAAAGUUUAGACACUGAUUCUCGUCUUACAUUAUGUUUUAUGUUAAGACCUUGAAUAAUACGGCUAAUCGUGAUGCAUGCUCGUAGGUAAGAAUUUCCUACAGGUGCUCCUGAAUAUUGUAUUCAAGUGACUUUUUAAAUGUACCUACUGAAUCAAUAAAACAGCUAUUGAAAACA